GGUAUUGUUGUUUCUAUGCAAAGUCAGAUCAGAUGUGAAUUAACAGCUGGGCAGUCAGGUCUAACACAGUUCCCAAGAAGUUUGGCCCAUUGCAAACAAGAGGAUUCAAAUCUUUCAGAACUUGAUUACAAUCAAUUAGCAAUGAGUUCUCCCCUGGUGUGUGUCCAAGACUAUGAAGAACAAGCUACCAGAAUUUUGCCUAGAAGUGCACUUGACUAUUACCGUUCAGGUGCAACACGAGAAAUUACACUACAGGAGAACAAAGAUGCUAUUAAAAGAUGGUACAUACGCCCAAGGUUCCUUCGUGACGUGUCAAACCGUAGCAUGCAAACCACUGUAUUGGGUCACAAAGUGAAUGUUCCAUUUGGAGUUGCUCCAACAGCAAUGCAAAGAAUGGCCACUCCAGAAGGUGAAAAUGCUAAUGCAAGAGCUGCAGGCAAAAUUGGCACAGUAUUUACACUCAGUACCAUUUCCACAACCAGCAUUGAAGAAAUUGCUUCUGAAGCCCCUGAUACACUUCGUUUCUUUCAGCUAUACAUAUACAAAGACAGAGAAGUUACAGCCAGCUUGGUAAAAAGAGCAGAGGCUGCUGGAUUCUCUGCACUGGUCUUAACUGUUGAUGCUCCCCAUUUUGGCAUCCGAUUGGCAGAUUUAAGGAACAAGUUCACUCUACCACCUCACUUAGGUAUGGCUAAUUUCCAGACAGGUGAUGAAAAGUCUAAUCGUGUAAACAUCUCAUCUGGAGGUUCUGGAAUUAAUGAGUAUGUUAAAUCCCUCUUUGAUCCCUCACUCACCUGGGAUGAUGUUGCUUGGCUUAAAAGGUUAACAAACCUACCAAUCGUGCUUAAAGGAAUACUCACUGCUGAAGAUGCCUUAUUAGGUCUAAAAGCUGGAGCAAUGGGAAUCUGGGUGUCAAACCAUGGUGCACGUCAAGUGGAUGGAGUGCCACCAUCAAUUGAGGCCUUAUCUGAAAUAGUAAAAGCAGUUGAUGGUAGGUGUGAGGUAUAUGUAGAUGGAGGAUUUUCUGAAGGAACAGAUAUUUUCAAGGCCCUUGCUCUUGGAGCACGCAUGGUAUUUUUAGGACGACCACUUCUCUGGGGCCUUGCAUGUGGUGGAGAGGAAGGAGCUCUCAAUAUCCUCAACAUCUUAAAAGGUGAACUGGAUUCUACAAUGGCUCUCUCCGGGUGUGCAACUAUAAAUGAUAUUACCAAAGAUAUGGUAAUUCGCAAGGACCACUACUCUUGCCUCUGAAGCUGAAUAACCCAUAUUAAAGACAAGUUGCACAAAAUUCUAUAAUUGGUUAGCGGUUGUAUUUUCAAGUUCUGGCCACAACCAGGUUAAUGAUUUAUGCUAGAGUCCUCCUUAGGGACCACCCAUGUAUUUCGUAUACAGUCAUGCACUUGUAACUCCACUGGAAAACAGGAUGUAGAAGUAACCAGAUAUAAGGAACACAAGAUAUCUCUGCAUGCAACAUGUGUAUCUCUUGUACACAAAGUGAUUACUAUUAUAGUCCCAGACAUGUGUGUGUAGAGUACCUACAUAUAAUCAAAAAUAUAUGAGCCUUAACAAUUAUCAUGAAAAGCUAUGACACUAGAUUAUGUAAGCUAUGAAUAGUAAUAUGCCUUUACCUUUACUCCCAAGUUUGUUUCUGUACAUUGUGCAUUGCACCCAGUGGUGUACUUUCUUCCUAAACUCUUAAAUAAGAACUUUACAAUAUUACAGUGCAUAGUUUGCCUCACAGACAACAGCAUUAAAUUUUGUGUGUGCCAAGUCACAAUACUCUCUUUAAAUUACUUAAGAAAAUCUUCCUAUAAAAUGCAUCAUAGCUUCCAUAUGCAUCCAAACCAACUUGUCUAUUUAAUCAGUACAGAAUACACUACAUUAAUUCAUAUAUUUUUGCUAAUAUGUAGGGUGGUGUCCACAUAUCCAAAUUAUAUAGCUUCAUAACUUAUUUCACAGGUUGGAUUGUGGCCAUUAAACAACAUAUAACUGUACUGUAGUCAAAACAAGGUUAAAAGAUAUAAAAUCACAAAGUUCGAUAAUACAGCAAUUAGCAACUUUGAAGAUGAUAUUUUUCCUAAAGAAAUAUCAUUAGAAAGUUUUUUAUUAAAAUAUCAGGGUCAACCUUGG